AUGCACUCCUCCGCGGCCUCCUCCGCCGCCUCGUCCGCCUCCCCGUCCCCCUCGUCCUCCUCCCGCAUCUCCCCGUUCUCCCUCGCGCUCGUGUCGUCCCGCUGGCUGCGCCUCGCGUAUCUCGCCGUGCAGUCCAUCCAGGUGACGCCUAGCCACGCCAUACCCGCAUCGGAGCUCGCGCGGUCCGUCUCUCGCAUGGUAAAUCUCACCUCGCUGCUCGUCGCCGUGCGCGCUCCGGCGUCCCUCCGAGGGACAGACGCGGUACUAGCGCCGGACAUUGCGGAUGCGAACCAAUAUAUCAGCACCUGCGGCUCUCUCUCCUCUCUGCCCGAAAACCUCAGCUCCUUGCAGCAUCUCCAACAGCUCAGCAUCAGCUACUGCCCGAGAAUCUUGCAGCUGCACGCCAGCCUCACGCGCUGCCCGUCGCUGCAGCGGCUCUUUAUCCGCUGCUGCGCGGGCCUGACAUGCCUGCCUGAAGCUAUCGGUUCCACCCCUCGGCUGGUAGAGCUUCAUCUGGAUCGCUGCAGGGGCGUUCGCACUCUGCCGCUCUCCCUUGCUCUGCUGUGCGUGCCGCGCAAUGGGUCGGUGGCACGGGAGGAGGAAGAGGAUGAGGAAGGUGAGGAGGAAGAGGAGGAGGAAGAGGAGGAGGAAGGUGAGGAGGAAGAGGAGGAAGGUGAGGAGGAAGAGGAGGAGGAAGAGGAGGAGGAAGAGGAGGAAGAGGAGGAGGAAGAGGAGGAGGAUGAGGAGGAGGAUGAGGAGGAAGGUGAAGAGGAAGAGGAGGAGGAAGAGGAGGAAGAGGAGGAGGAAGAGGAGGAGGAAGAGGAGGAGGAUGAGGAGGAAGGUGAAGAGGAAGAGGAGGAGGAAGAGGAGGAAGAGGAGGAGGAAGAGGAGGAAGAGGAGGAGGAUGAGGAGGAAGGUGAAGAGGAAGAGGGUUAG